AUGGGCCUGUUCUCAUCGGCCGCUAAGAGAUGCAGCAACGGCAAGAGGUUCCUCCGCAGCGCGGGCGCGUGCUGCUGUUCGCCGUCCGCCGCCUCCGCCCCUGCAGGUGGUGUGCGCGGCAAGGAAGAGGCGUCGACGUCAGCACCGGCUUCCGCGCCAGCAGAUAGCAAGAAGAAAAGGUGGAGGAAGAGGAAGUUCUGGAGGAAGAAGAAGAAGGCCAAGAAGGAGAGCGGCGAUGGCAGCGGCGAGCUCGCGGACCUCGUCAACAACAUUUCGGCCAAGUCGGGUAAGCCAAUCCAUCCAACAGCCACUGGUACGCAUGCAGAUGCAGAUGCAGAUGCCCAUAUGCGUGCAUGGCUAAUGCUACGCUUGCCGGCGUCGCCUCUGCUGAGAGACAAGAGGAGGUUCGUGAAGCUGGCCGAUCCGUUGCUGGGCAGGAGGUACCCCGUGAAGGGGCUGUACCAGGCGCUCGCCGUCGCGUCCAUGUGCUUGCAGGAGGACGCUGCCAGCCGGCCGGGGAUCAGCGACGUCGUCGCGGCGCUCUCGUUCCUCGCCGACCCGCAAUACUACCCUCCCGAAGGCAUGCAAGCUGAGCACAAGAGCCCAGAUCGAGGGUCAGACAGGGAUAGCAGUCCCAGUCCUCCUAAGGCCGACAUGAUCAGGGCAGACGACGAAAUGAAGCAUAGAUGA